AUGUUUACUCCUUUAAACAAAGAGACUAGUAAAAAAAGACUAAAAUCUAUUGUUAAGGAACGUAGAGCACUUAAAGAAACUUAUUAUAAUUUCUUACUUGAUAUUAAAAAAUUGGAUAAUAUUUUUUCUGUAAAAAUAGAUUAUGAAGAAAAUUACGAGUUACUAAGUCAAAUAAAAGAAUAUGCUUUAUAUAACUGCCUGUUAAAGAAUAUAGAUAUUGAUAUUAAAAAGUAUGAUAUUUUUAGAUACAAAAAAGUUCUAUUUUUUUAUAUUAAAAAGACGAUAGAAAAUAAAGAGUUUAUCAAAGCAAAGAAGUUAUUAAAUAUUUGUAAAGAGAGAGGAUAUGAAAAUAAUGAAUAUUUUGAUCUUUUGUACAAAUUAAAAAAGUUUUAUUAA